AUCUGUGUUGCAUGUUACUCUUUGGGGUCCUCGUUUUCUUGUGGGAGCAGAAGGUGUCGGUGUUGACCGGGCGCGUAUCGCGGUGCGGUGCGCGAUGCCGUUCCCAGCAAGCCGGCCCUGCGCCCUCGGUGRAGAUGACGGCAGUGCUUGAAGGCGAUGUUUUUCGCCGGGACUGCGUGGCUGGCGAGAUGGUAACGCCGAGGCGGGGAGCAGCUUCACAGCUCACUGCCCUCACCGCCUGAGCAGCGCUGUGCCCCAGCCAAGCGCUCGCCGGGCGCCCGCAGCCUCGCUGCCCGGCGUGGGGAGCAGCACGCCCGCUCCGGGGGCUCCUCGGGGACCCGCCGCCCUCCAGCUUCCCCGGCAGCCUCCCCGCCAGGCUCCCCGGCAGCCUCCCCCCGCCAUCCCCCGGCGGCCCGUCCCGCACACGUGCCUGGCAAAGUGCCAAGAUAACAGUAAGAAGGGCGUCACCCAUGAAGAUUUCUUCAUGCAGCUAAGCAAACUUUCAUGGAUAAAGUUCUAAACAAAAAAGGGAAUGAAUACCAUGUACCCAGACAGCCAUAAACCUUCAGCUGCAGACCAUUGACGGAAGUCUAUAGACCACCAGUUUGGGAAACCUGGGCUCUAAACUCUAAAUGAUUCAACAUUUGUUCCCUCUGAUGACACCGCGAAUCUGGGAAUGAAGAACUUCUUAGAGCUGAUUGGAAAUGGCAUUGCGGAGCUGAAACUUAACUGGAGGAAAUAUAUCUCCUGAAGAAGAAAAUAUAAUGCACUGUAAGGAUCUGUCUUCUGGUGAAAAAUUCAAGCCUAGAGAAAACUUGUCCGCUUUGUUAGGAAGAAUGGGUUGGACAAUUUUCUUCAAUUCCAAAGGAUAUCUGAAUGCCAUGCUGAGCUUAAUCUCUGCAGCAUGCUCUGUGCUUCUCAUCUCUUCCUGAUGCACUGCAUGGUUGUCCUGAAGGGGAGGAUAAAGAAACUGGCUACCAAGAUGGUAAUCACUAGUGGAAAUGAAGAAGACAAAGGCAGUCAAGAAAAGGAAAGCAAAGAAGAAACCAUCUUAGCAAUGCUUGGAAUUAUUGGGACAAUUCUGAACCUCAUUGUGAUCAUUUUUGUGUAUAUUUACACAACGUUGUAAAUUAGAAGGCAUGCAUAUAGACCAGAUAAAACGGCCAUUAAGAGUGACAACAAACAUUGCUGACUAUUGACAAGUUCUUUAAUCAGAAUUGACUCUGUAUUAUAUUAACACAUCAUAAAAGCACUGCCUGCAGGCAGCGAAGACUGAAGCACAAUUAAUUUAACAAGACUUUUUCACACAGUAAUAAGCUUAACUCUUCUCUCCUACCCUCUCCCUUUCGGUUUGGUUUUCAGUUUGGGGGAGAAUGACUGCAGUUAUAUAAGUUGUAGCUUUGAAGAAAUCCACCAGGGAGAUGUUGUUUUAACAUAAUUAGNAAAAAAAAAAAAAAAAAAAAAAAAAAAAAAAAAGGAAAAGAAAGAAACUGUACACUAUAUAUAAUUAGAUAUGUAUGCUGUAUACCCGCAAAGAUUGAACUCAAAGAUAGCUUCAUAGCACAGAUCAUGUGUCUGYUAGGUCAAAUUUUUUUUUCUCUUGGUUUUUGCUUUUACUUACAUUGAAUCUGACAAGCUUUUUAUUUAGAAUGAACAUAUGGUGCAAUCAUGAAAAAAACAUUUCCAUUGAGCAAGGUCUGCCUAAACCUGAUAAAAUGUUGGGAGAAAAAAAUUACAUGGUUAUUUUUCCUUUCUCAUUUGCUUAACAUCUGUGUCUGUUCAUACCAAUGUUUAUAAAUAUAUAUUUUUAAUAAAUGUGCUAUAUUUUUAGCAUGAACCAAAUAUUUUGAGACACUUGUAUUCAUGCAGCUAAAUUUUGUUUGAUGAAGUGCCCCUUUUGACAAUGGAUGUUAUUUUUCUCGGCAAUUAUACAGCAGUCUUGUUUGCAGCCCUCUCACUGUGGUCUGAAGCAAGCUCACAUCAUGCUCAUAUGCAUGACUUGAAGUUGGAAUGUCAGCUGAAAAGCAUUGCUGCUUAAUACGGGAAAUAGCAAAACAUUGUAAGGUGACCUUUGGAGACUGGUUGCAGAAAGAAGGCUCUAUUUAUAGUUAAAAGAAAAAGCAAAUGAAAGGAAUAUUGAGGCAUCUCACAAAAUAUUGCAAAAUUCACAGAAUUGAUGGCUUUCAAAAUCUGGUCACGCUCUCUAAGUACUUGUGCUGAGAGAAGCGAGCAGAGGUUGAUACAGUUGAAAAGAGAAAUUUAUAGAGCCUAUAGUGAGGGGCUAGCAGAAAUCCAGCUUGUAAAUACAGAGUGUAUUUUAAAUGUGAGGAUCAUUAACUCUUUACGCUUAUCUGACAUGCUUUAACUGAGUUGGUGCAGUGAAAUUCUCUGACUUGUGUUUUUGACAGGAAUGUACAAUGAUGAUGAUCACCAUUUUUCUUAAGAGUUCAGUACCUAUAAAUAUACAAAGCAUUAAAAAUAUGAGACCUCAAUUCUGCCUCAAGCUGCCUAAGUACAUGCCCACUAACAUUGACAUAUCCUCUUAAAAAAUAGGUCAAUUAAUWGUUUACUGACUUGUGGUUUGGAUUGCAUCCUCAGAUGCACAAGGAGGAUUGGUAUUCAAGUCAGCCAGAACUGUGAAAAUGUUGACCCUAGAGUCUCAAUUUCAGUGAUCAGACCUGUCUCUCUGGAAUCAGUAAUGAGUUUUUCACCAUUUUCCAGGUGCUAGAAUAGUCUCRAAAAUAUAGACUUUCAUUGCAGGAUGUAAAAGCAAGCCUGGAGAUUCUGAGGGGCACCUUUUAUAAACAGAGGUGUUCAGUCUCUUGUGGUAUCGUACAGUCAAUAACAAAACCAUUGGGGGCAGAAAAAAAGGUCAAUAAAUGAACUACAAUGAAAUCCAAUAUGCAGACUGAAGGAAAGCUGAGCAAAAAUAAUCUCAUGUUAAUGAAAACAUGACAGGGUGAGAAAGGUGAGAAAAUGAGCAGAGAUUUGAAGCAGAAAACAGCACAGAAAGCCAGURCCACACAUGCCAGCAUGGCUGAGGAAACACUUGUGUUUGCACGGUGCUGGUAGAGCUGCCGAUCUCACAGAGGAAAAGAAAGAGUAGUGGCACAGGUCAGAGUAGCUCAGUGAAAGUGAUUUUGUUUUUCAGUUUAUAGUUAUUUAUUUAUAAUUCUAAGGAAUCAGCAAACUCUACUUUUUGAUCAUUCUGAUGGCUAAAAUGUAUUUUACUCCACCAGGCUUUUUUUCUCCUGUUUAAACUACUGCUGCACACAGCYUGUGGCUCCGAGCACCUGCACAUGCUCCAGGCACCUGUUGAACUUCAGCCUGGCACGAUCUUCUCUGCAGAUAUUUCUCUUGAACUUUUCCGCCUCUUUUCCAGCAAACACUGCAGCAAACUGCCUGAGGCUCRUGCUCAUCUUCUGGAGGGACAGCCUCUGAGUUAAAAGAUGAGCUCUCAUGUCAGAUACUUCUUUACCUCUCUCUGCAUCAAAUGGUAAUACCUGUCAUCUUCUUGUGGGCAUGAAGAUGCUCAAUGAACCAAAUUUCAUUAAGGGCUUCUACUAAUAUUACAAAUUAAAGCUCUGCAUUGUAAAACAACAUAGGACACUUCACCCUAAAGUAAAGUAGGAACGAAAGUAAAGUAGUAACUAAAGUAAAGUAGGAACUAAAGUAAAGUAGGAACUUAUUCUACUCAUCACAGUUGCAUUCAUUCAGACAUGGGCCAGCACCUUCAACAACACAGGCACUACAAACAGCCCAAAUAAGCUGAAGUGGUGGCUCAAGAGCCUAAAGAUUCCAUGUUUUCUCUUCUGUAUUUUGUCUGUUAGUCUUGAUGCAGGCAGUGUGUCCAGGUGUCUAUCACCCCACCAGCAGCAGCCAUGUGCUUUGCCAUAGGAUUUUUAUUCCUCUGAAAAGUUUAUCCCAUUCCAUUAAAAGUUUAACACUUAAUAUUUUAAUUUUACAGGAUUAAGUUCACAGAUAUUUCUAGAAAUAUCCUGGGGCAAGUUCUCCUUAAGUAAAUUAAUUAAGUAUUCAUUUAAAUAAAAAUGAAGAGUUUCCAUUGAGGGCAACUUCUUUCCCUUUUAUUUGGUAUUCCUGGACACUGAUAGAGGAAAAGUGUGUUUUCAAGAAUGACAGUGGAAGAGGAACAUUUCAUAUAAAGAUCUGAAGGUUUGCCUACCCACAUAGCUGUGGGCAGGCCUGCUCUUGGCUCAGUGMCAGCUGGAGCCAAAUUGACCUCAUGCUUUUUUUAUGCAAGCAGUUUUCAGCAUGCACCUGUAAGAAAUACUUGACUAGGUAGCAUAUAUGUCAUGGAUACCUUAUAGUCAGUAACUGCUCUAUGAACAGUUGAAUAAAACUUCUCAUUACAAGAGAUGAAUGGUAAAUCUGCUUUGGCAAGGAAAAAUCCAACAGUCUCAUUCUUGGCUUGACUUGUAGGUAAUGCAAACAGUUUCCAAAAUAAAUUUUUUAAAUUGAAAUAUUAGUCCAUUAGUGACAAGAACUUUCAUCUUUGCAUUUGAGUAGAAAGAAAUUAAUGUCCAAUAUCACAAUGAGAUAUUAAAGCAUUACCUUUUGCUUCAAUCAGCUAGGAAUACGAUUACAUAUUCUGUGUAGUUUGAUGGUUUGUGUUAUGGGAAUGAAAAAUAUUUUCACGGUGUGACAGAAAGGUGACAUUGUCCCCACUAGUAUCUGAUGUGUUGGCUGGUGGGUACAGAAGAAUUUCAGGAAGGAAGAAGAUAAAACUGUUUAUCAUGUACAUGAGAUGGUGAAAAAGAAGACAGCUUACUGCCCUUCUCUCCGGUUCCUACAUCCCACAUUGAAAACUUGACAUCUCAGAAACCACAUCCUUUAUACAYGAAUGGAUCAUCCUGCAUGCCCUGUCAGGGCAGCCCUCUCAGUUAUGUACCUUCUGCUCCUUCCACCUGCUUCUCUGCAGCAGGAUGCAGCUCGCUGUGCCUGGGAGGGUUUGAAUGUGAACCAACCCUGGUAGCCUCUGGAAGCACUUGCUUUGCUUUACUGUGGUGUUAUAGUCAGCUGUAGGCCUCAGUUUUGUUAUUUUGAGGAUAGUCAAUAAUCAUCAUCAUGUUACUAUCUGAUAAUCUAGGGGAUACCUCACUUGUUGAAUUCCCAGACAAAUCUCAACCCUGGCCCAUAGGUAAAAUUUUGAUUCAGUAGGCAUCAAAAUACAAAAGCUUCAUUUACAUCACGACAAAACUUCAGUAUUAAGUGUUGUUCAAGGCUGUGUAUCUUAUAUGUUCACUUAAGUUAUACACUAGAGCUCAUCCCAAAUGCCCCAAAAUCUCAUCUGUAUCAAGAGUUCUCAUCUCUUCUCAGUCAGAAUUAACACUUCCAUGUGAAUUAUGGUGUAUGCAGAGAACUUGGCCUGGAGAGGGAAAGGAUAAAAAUUACCUGGAUUAAAACUCCAGGGAGGCAGCGCUGCAGAAUUUACUAAUUAGUUUGAGGUUUAGCUGGAAUACUUUGUUUCUGAAUAACCAGAAUUUUGGASAAAAAAUGUUAUUGUUCGUUGGAAGGUUUCUGGAAAAACACGUCUAAUUGAAAGGAAGAACCUCAUUGACAAUAUUUCAGCAGCAAUCUUCCAAAGAAAACACUGACCAGGACUCAGAUUGGCUUGCUUCCCAAGAUGUUUGGCAGCCCAGGAACAGAGUGCACAUAUAUGUAAGCACCUCUUGUUUACUUAGAGGCUUUGUCUUCUUUAGAACAAAAUGCACAGAUUUGCAAAUACAUGAAAUAGUACAUUAUGCAAUCAACAACAAAAAAAUCUGUUUACCUUUAUUUCCAGCAGAAUUUCUGYAGAAUCUGCACUUCUUCCAUGCCUGGCUGUGUGUUUUGGAGGCUGAUCCCGAAAGGUCUUAUAAAUUCAGUGUAUCUUUCCUCCCCUACCACUGAUCCAAAAAAAACAAAACCUGUUCCAUGUGAAAACCUCCACACCAGACUGAACUCCCACAUGCAUCCAUAUGCRUUUAUCUACAUAUGAACCAUCUGGUAUCCAGUAAGACUUUCCUUGUCUCAGGCAUUCRGUUUGCUUAUCUGCAUUUCACCUGGGGACUCAGAUGGUGAAAGGCAAUUUGUAGAGCUGAAAGCACCCGACUGUUUCCAAUGAUCCAGCUUUGCAUAAUGGAGCUGUCACCUGGAGAGUACCUGUUCGCGUGCGUGGCACGCCACACACCAUCCUCUGUGUGUGGUCGCACCCUGCACAGGUGGGGCUGGGCUGUGACUGUGACCACACAGCCAAAAAAGUGUGCCAGAGAAAACGUUUUGUGCAAAAGCCUGGAUCCCAAGUCAGGCUCUGUAGAGUGAAAGGACAUCCUGCCUUGUUCAUGGAAAGGCACUGAGCUAUGUCCACCAGGAUCCCUUCUUCUGCAAACAGUCCCACUUCAGCUGCAGGUGAUCCGUGUGCCACCCUGACCCUCUUGUGGCAGCUGUUGAAUUUCCUUCCACCUGAGGGAAGCGAGCAGCUGUGGACUUCCUUAAUCUCCUAGAAUAGAGAACAAGUCGCUCUCACAUGGCAGAAACAGCAGCAGGUGCAUCAGUUUCUGGCUGACAAUGACAAGGCCAUCUGCCUAGGGUGCUGAUGGKAACCCUUUUCCCACCCAUCAUUCCUCUCAGUCCUGGAAAUGCAAGUUAAUUACCUGGACUCCAGGUUCUUCUCCACAGCCUCAAUCACCAUUUAGACUCAGGCAGGCUUCUUUUAUGAUGCUGAGACUUCUUAAACUCAAAUGGCUCCUGGAGCYAGGCUUUCAGGGCCAUAUUAAAUGUCCUCAUACCUUAAUCUGGCCUUGCUGUCAUGCAAGUGUCACCAUACCAAGAUUUGGGCAUUGUCAGUCUCUGCUAAGAAGGUGUCAAGGGACAAGCAUUAGCAAGGGACACCACGGGGGAGCCAUGGGCAGCCAGAGGUAGGGCACUGUGGCUGUUUUCCCCAAAACUUAUCUUCUUGAGGASCAGUGGUAUUGUGGUGGAUUGCUGUUGGUGGUGGGUAAAUGUAAUAAAAUGUUUGUGUAGCAGGACGUGAUUUCUCACCUUUACUUCCUGCAAACGUAAUGGG